CUCGCUAGCAUUAGCAUAACAUGCUUUAGAUCCGGAAAGCGUCACUCGCUCUCCCCGCAACUCACUGAGUCAACUCGCCGUCAUUGUCUUCGAACUCCACCAAUCGGGGGAGCAAAGCUAGAUCCUAGGCGCGUUACUGAGUCGUGACUCGUCCUUAACUCGGGAAUGGCUUCUUCGGAAGCUGAUUCCCGUCUGAAGCAGGUGCUCGUUCCCGCGCUCGAGAAAAUCAUCAAGAACGCGUCGUGGCGAAAGCACGCGAAGCUCUCGCACGAGUGCAAGUCCGUGGUCGAAAUCCUAACCUCGCCGCCGAAGCCUCAAUCGCCUGCCUCCGACGAAGCCGCUGAGCCGGAGGCCUCGGUCCCCGGCCCAAUCCAUGAUGGAGGUCCCGUGGAGUACUCCCUUGCCGAGUCGGAGUCGAUCCUCCGCCCGCUCAUUGCCGCCGCGUCCUCCGGCGUCGUGAAGAUCGCGGAUCCCGCCUUAGAUGCCGUGCAGAGGCUCAUCGCGCACGGCUUCCUCCGUGGCGAGGCGGACUCCAGUGGUGGAGCCCCCGAGGCGAAGCUCCUCGCGAGCCUGAUAGAGGCAGUGUGCAAGUGCCACGACUUCGGCGACGAUGCCGUCGAAUUGCUCGUGCUGAAGACGCUCUUAUCUGCAGUGACAUCGAUUUCGCUGCGAAUUCACGGUGAUUGCUUGCUCUUGAUUGUGAGAACUUGUUAUGACAUAUACCUUGGUAGUAAGAAUGUGGUGAAUCAGACGACGGCGAAAGCGUCGUUGAUUCAGAUGUUAGUGAUUGUGUUUAGGAGGAUGGAGGCGGAUUCGUCCACGGUCCCGAUUCAGCCUAUUGUUGUGGCUGAAUUGAUGGAUCCCGUGGAGAAAACCGAUGUGGAUAACUCCAUGACGCAGUCUGUUCAGGGUUUUAUCACCAGGAUUGUGCAGGACAUUGAUGGAGUUUUGAAUCCAGUGACGCCGUCGGCAGCGGCGGCCGCGCACGACGGCGCGUUUGAGACCACCAUCACGGCGACGGUGGAGGCUGCAAAUCCGGCGGAUUUGUUGGAUUCCACUGACAAGGACAUGUUGGAUGCCAAGUAUUGGGAGAUCAGUAUGUACAAGACUGCGUUGGAGGGGAGGAAAGAGGAGCUGGUGGAUGGGGAGGUGGUGGAGAGGGACGAUGAUUUGGAGAUUCAGAUUGGGAAUAAGCUCAGGAGAGAUGCCUUUUUGGUGUUCAGGGCGCUUUGUAAGUUGUCCAUGAAGACGCCUCCCAAGGAGGCGACGGUGGAUCCACAGUUGAUGAAGGGGAAGAUUGUAGCAUUGGAGUUGUUGAAGAUCUUACUGGAGAAUGCUGGAGCUGUCUUCAGGACUAGUGAAAGGUUUUUGGGUGCCAUCAAGCAGUACUUAUGUUUAUCAUUGUUGAAGAAUAGUGCCUCAACUCUUUUGGUCGUUUUUCAGCUAUCUUGCUCCAUCUUCAUUAGUCUGGUAUCAAGAUUUAGAGCUGGACUGAAAGCAGAAAUUGGAGUAUUUUUCCCCAUGAUUGUUCUCAGGGUUCUAGAAAAUGUUGCUCAACCUAAUUUUCAUCAAAAGAUGAUAGUGCUUCGUUUUCUACAGAAGCUUUGUGAUGAUUCACAGAUAUUGGUAGACAUUUUUAUCAACUAUGACUGUGAUGUCAAUUCAACAAACAUAUUUGAGAGGACGAUAAAUGGACUUCUUAAAACUGCCCAAGGUGUCCCUCCUGGUGCAACGACCACAGUUUUGCCACCUCAAGAGGAAACACUAAAAUAUGAAGCCAUGAAGUGCUUAGUUGCUGUUUUAAAAUCAAUGGGAGACUGGAUGAACAAACAAUUGCGCAUUCCAGAUCCUCAUUCAGGCAAGAAAGUUGAAGCAGUUGAUAAUGGCUAUGAAGCUGGAGGCCUUCCCCUGGCAAAUGGGAAUGAAGAAGAGCCAGUUGAAGGAUCAGACACUCAUUCUGGAAUCUCCAAUGAGGUAUCUGAUGUUUCAACUAUUGAACAACGCCGGGCUUAUAAACUGAAACUUCAGGAAGGUAUAUCACUUUUUAACAGGAAGCCGAAGAAAGGAAUUGAAUUCCUCAUCAAUGCCAACAAAGUGGGUAAUUCACCAGAGGAAAUAGCUGCUUUUCUUAAAGAUGCAUCUGGGUUGAACAAGACUUUGAUUGGUGAUUAUUUAGGAGAAAGAGAGGAGUCAUCCUUGAAAGUAAUGCAUGCAUAUGUGGAUUCUUUUGACUUUCAAGGGAUGGAGUUUGAUGAGGCAAUCAGGGCCUUUCUUCAAGGCUUUAGACUGCCUGGGGAGGCACAGAAAAUUGAUCGAAUCAUGGAAAAGUUUGCAGAACGAUAUUGCAAAUGUAAUCCAAAAGUCUUUUCUAGUGCUGAUACAGCAUAUGUCCUUGCAUAUUCUGUGAUUCUGCUUAAUACCGAUGCUCACAAUCCUAUGGUGAAAAACAAGAUGUCAGCUGAAGAUUUCAUAAAAAAUAAUCGUGGCAUAGAUGAUGGAAAAGAUGUACCAGAGGAAUACUUAAGGUCUUUGUAUGAACGAAUAUCUAGAAAUGAGAUCAAAAUGAAAGAAGUUGAUCUGGAAGCCCAGCAAAAACAGGCUGUGAACUCUAACAGACUUUUAGGCUUGGAUAGUAUAUUGAAUAUCGUGGUCCGGAAGCGUGGGGAAGACAGUAAUAUGGAGACCAGUGAUGAUCUAAUCCGACAUAUGCAAGAACAAUUCAAAGAAAAAGCUCGCAAAACUGAGUCAGUCUAUUAUGCAGCAACUGAUGUUGUAAUCCUCAGAUUCAUGAUUGAGGUGUGCUGGGCACCAAUGUUAGCUGCCUUCAGUGUUCCUCUUGAUCAAAGUGAUGAUGAAAUUGUAAUAGCACUGUGUCUUGAAGGCUUCCGUUAUGCUAUUCAUGUUACUUCUGUAAUGUCCAUGAAGACUCACAGAGAUGCCUUUGUGACUUCAUUAGCAAAGUUUACCUCCCUGCAUUCUCCUGCUGACAUUAAGCAGAAAAACAUAGAUGCAAUCAAGGUGAUUGUUACUAUUGCUGAUGAGGAUGGGAAUUACUUACAAGAAGCUUGGGAGCAUAUCUUGACCUGUGUUUCCCGAUUUGAACAUCUACAUCUUCUAGGAGAAGGGGCCCCACCAGAUGCCACAUUCUUUGCAUUUCCUCGAAAUGAUUCUGAAAAUACAAAACAAGCGAAAUCAACAAUUCUCCCCGUUUUGAAGAAAAAGGGACCUGGGAGGAUGCAAUAUGCAGCUGCCACUGUUAUGCGGGGUUCAUAUGAUAGCACUGGAAUCAGCAGUAAUACUACUGGAGCUGUCACAUCGGAGCAGGUGAACAAUCUAGUUUCUAAUUUGAAUAUGUUGGAACAAGUUGGAAGCUCAGAAAUGAAUCGCAUAUACACUCGGAGUCAAAAGCUGAAUAGUGAGGCUAUAAUAGAUUUUGUUAAGGCUUUAUGCAAAGUCUCCAUGGAGGAACUCAGAUCUCCAUCUGAUCCACGGGUGUUCAGCCUUACAAAGAUAGUUGAGAUUGCGCACUAUAAUAUGAACCGCAUCAGGCUUGUAUGGUCAAGCAUUUGGCAUGUUCUCUCUGAUUUCUUUGUAACCAUUGGCUGUUCUGGAAACCUUUCAAUUGCAAUUUUUGCAAUGGAUUCCUUGCGUCAGUUGUCAAUGAAAUUUCUGGAGCGGGAGGAGUUGGCUAAUUAUAAUUUUCAAAAUGAAUUUAUGAAGCCUUUCGUCAUUGUUAUGCGCAAGAGUAGUGCUGUUGAAAUUAGAGAACUUAUCAUUAGAUGUGUCUCUCAGAUGGUUUUAUCUCGUGUCAACAAUGUAAAAUCAGGAUGGAAGAGCAUGUUCAUGGUAUUCACAACAGCGGCAUAUGAUGACCACAAAAACAUUGUACUCCUGGCUUUUGAAAUUAUGGAGAAGAUUAUUCGAGAUUACUUUCCAUGCAUCACUGAGACUGAAACCACUACCUUUACAGAUUGUGUGAACUGUCUAAUUGCAUUCACCAAUAGUAGAUUUAACAAAGAAAUUAGCUUAAAUGCCAUUGCUUUCCUUCGAUUCUGUGCAACAAAACUAGCAGAAGGAGACCUUGGAUCUUCGUCAAGGAAUAAUGACAAGGAAAGUUAUGGAAAGAUAUCUGCUCCAUCACCUCGAACAGGAAAAGAGGGGAAACAAGAUAACGGAGAGGUGACAGACAAGGAUGAUCAUCUCUAUUUCUGGUUUCCUUUACUGGCUGGUUUGUCUGAGCUUAGCUUUGACCCAAGGUCUGAGAUAAGGCAAAGAGCCUUGAAAGUCCUGUUUGAAACCUUACGCAACCAUGGCCACCUCUUUUCACUACCUUUAUGGGAAAGAGUAUUUGAAUCAGUCCUAUUUCCAAUAUUUGAUUAUGUUCGUCAUGCUAUUGAUCCUUCAGGGAGUACCUCAGAGGUCAAUGAAGUAGAGACUGAUGGUCAGCUUGAUCAAGAUGCAUGGCUUUACGAGACAUGCACAUUGGCCCUCCAAUUGGUUGUAGAUCUUUUUGUCAACUUCUAUAACACCGUCAAUCCACUUUUAAGAAAGGUGUUGAUGCUCCUGGUAAGCUUUAUAAAGCGCCCUCAUCAAAGCCUGGCUGGCAUUGGUAUUGCUGCAUUUGUUCGUUUGAUGAGUAAUGCUGGGGAGCUGUUUUCUGAUGAGAAGUGGUUAGAAGUGGUUUUGUCACUAAAAGAAGCAGCAAAUGCAACACUCCCUAACUUUUCAUUCCUUGACAGUGGAAACUUUGUGACUGUAAAUCAUGAGUAUGCUUCAAUGGCUGAAGAUGACAGGGAUCCUGCUGAGUCUGGCUCACAUGAUAAUUUAGAAAGCCCGAGGACUCAAAAUCUUUAUGCAUAUUUUUCUGAUGCAAAGUGCCGAGCUGCUGUUCAACUUUUAUUGAUCCAGGCGGUGUUGGAGAUCUAUAACAUGUACCGAACUCAACUUUCAGCAAAAACUAUACUUGUCUUGUUUGAGGCUUUGCGUGAUGUGGCAUUACAUGCUCACAAGAUUAACAGCAAUAUUAUUUUACGUUCAAAGUUACAAGAGUUUGGCUCUAUGACUCAAAUGCAAGACCCUCCACUGUUACGCCUGGAGAAUGAAUCCUACCAAAUAUGUCUCACAUUUUUACAGAACCUCGUUGUGGACAGACCUACUAGUUAUGAGGAGGUUGAGGUUGAGACACGUCUCAUUAGACUUUGUCAGGAGGUGUUGGAGUUCUAUAUUGAAGUUGCAGGUUCUGGAACAGUAUCUGAAUCUUCUCAUGGUAAACAGCUGCAUUGGUUAAUUCCUCUUGGCUCGGGGAAGCGAAGAGAAUUGGCUGCACGUGCACCGCUUGUUGUGACCACUCUUCAAGCUAUUUGUAAUUUGGGAGAGAUAUCUUUCGAGAAGAACCUGGCUCAUUUUUUCCCUCUCCUCUCAAGCUUGAUAAGUUGCGAACAUGGAUCAGCUGAGGUUCAGGUAGCUCUCAGUGAUAUGCUUAGUUUAUCAGUUGGUCCUCUUUUGCUACGGUCAUGCUGAUUGAUUACGUUAAGAUCGACAAUGAAUUUUGAGAUAUAGGAUAUUUUUCCUCUAAAUCUCUUUUGUUCAUAUUUUCCUCCUUUCCUUUGCCUCGGGUUACUUGCAAAAGUAUAGUUCGAUAGUGUUUGAAUAGUUGGCAGUGAUUUUGUGUUUAGAAUACCUUCCCGGUCCUUCUAUAUUUUAGAAGCCUAAGAUUACCAAUCCGAAUUGAUCUGUAUUACCAGAAGGUUUAAUGUUGUAUCUUGUAUGCUUAAUUAUUUUAUCCCAAUUUUUUAAAAGAAUUUUGAGUUUUUCGACCA